AUGGUGUUUGGGGGAGCCAUCGAGACCGAUUCUGACGUAAAUUCACCCUCUGAAGUUUCAUCUGACUCAUCUGAAGACGAGUUAGAGGACUUAAUAGACGACAUUCUUGAUAAUCUUGUCGUUUGUCAGUCAAGUUCCCAGAGAAUGACCAUAAAAAACAAGAAUCGGAAGGAGCGACCAAAACAGGAGCGUCAGGACCGUCCCAGUGAAUUAGAAACGGCCAGCACCUCAAAUGAUGGGUCUUUCCCAUUCGCAUUUCAAGGAUAUGGCUACCAAGGAACCCAUGAGAGGGCCCAGUCAUCGACUCGGAGUCAUGGCAGAAUAUCAUGGUCUCAUGGCGCAGCUAUUCCCGGCUCGUUGGGCCCGGAGGCCUUCUCCUAUUCGUCAUAUGCAGAGGCCGACUCAUCCCACAUACUGCAGCCCUCAAAUUAUAUAAAGCCAUCAUUAAAAAGACAGUGGUCUCCCCCAGUUGAUCAGUCGAAGAAUGGCCGCGAUUGCGGGGAGGGUUUGAACGAAGAACGAAUUGAUAGUGACGAUGCGACAGGGAACAACAGCGAGGAUGAGUAUUAUCGUGUUCCAGAUAAUCUUCCCCCCAACACCUCGAAGGUUGUUCUUUUUGAUUGUCAAUAUUACCGAUACACAGAUGGAAGACAAUGGUUUAGAGCAACUUUUAAAGGAGAAGAAGGGUUGGAAAAUCGUACACGUUCGUGGUGAUGGGGCUUGUCUUUUCCGCAGCGUUUGUAAGCUCUUCAAAAACUCCUUCACACUUUUCUAGCACACCAAGUAUUCGGCGAUGAGGAAAAGCAUGAACUCGUCCGGAAACAGGUAGUUGACUAUAUGGUAGGUACUUCCAUCUUGCCUAUUAUGUUCCUCUUAAGGUGAAAAACCGCGAGCACUUCUCACAAUAUGUGACUGAGGAUUUUGAUCGCUAUCUCCAGCGAAAGCGUCACCCAAACUGCCACGGCAAUCAUCUAGAAAUCCAAGCUAUCUCGGAACUGUACAAUCGUCCUGUCGAAAUAUACCACAACAGCGCCUCGCCGAUAAAUGUCUUCCACGCCGAAUAUUCCCACGAAAUUCCACUUAGACUGGGUUAUUAUGGGCGAACGCACUACAAUUCUAUAAUUGAUCCUUGCAAGCCAAGUUUUGGACAGGGCUUGGGCAUGCCCAAUUACCAGCCUGGAGUAAGUUGAAGUCGGACUUCUAGAUCCCUCGUUUAGCUACCUGAGCAGGAUCUUGUUAAACAGGCUCUUAAUGAGUCGGAAGCAAGUGAGCUCGAGGAGGCCAUGCUUCGCGAUAAACUGGCAGAAUCCGAAACCAAGGAGCUAGAGGCCUGCAUCACCGACCAUGUUCUACGGGAAUCGUACUAUGAACACUGGAAGUCCUGCUUUGAACUGCCGGUAAGAUAAACUGCCUUUCUCGAAUGUUUCUUGACUUGUUACUAACUCCGGCUAUUAUUUAUAAAGUUCUGCUAAAUUGCUUUAAUACAACCACGCAUGCACCCAAUAACCUACUGUCAUGUCAGGAAUUGGUGCAUACCGAUCCAUUGUCAUCAUGAGGUAAACAAGCUUCGUAUGGGUGAUAGGGGCAACGAACAGGCAACCACCUACCGGGCCGAAGUCGAUCAAUCUAUGAUAGCCGCCUGGUAUUGUGCAUAAGAGGCGUUGGACUUCUAACUAACAGGCCGCGAGUUCGAACACCAGGUGUUGCACACCUCGGAGUUGGGUAUGACUGGCUGACGACGGCCAAUAAGCCAGAAAUGGCCGUUCCAGUCUCUCUUGUCUUUGUCGGUAAUAACAUUCUGCCUAUAUUAUGGGCAGCUGUGCGGCUGCCGGUUGAGCUCGAGAGAGAGCCCGUAAGGCACAACAGAAAGAGUGGGUUCCGUAAGAACGGUCGGUGAGCGCCCCGCCAUCAUAAUAUAUAUUACUUACAUAAACCAAUACGGUCCCAGGACGAAGUCCCGUUUAGGGGCAGGAGGGGGGGGGGACACCAGGGAACCACUGUCGUUAACCCUAGUGGUAGUACUAGUCGACCUGACCGGCCCAAUUUCCACACAACCCAGGCGUGCGUACGCGUGACACCUAUGAUUGCGUGUGAUCUAACCGAAAAUUCAAAUCUAUCUGUUAAUUGACUGAUCGAAUAGCUUGUCCAGUAAAAUUAUGCAUGCACCUAUGCUUGGCUAGCCAGAACAGUGUAGUGCAUGUGGACAUGCGCCAGGCACAGCAUAAACUGGACGACGUCGCCCAGCGCGUGGCAGUUUGUCUGAUUUGAGUGGUUUGCAGCUCCUCCCAGGCACAAGUCGGGGUAGUGGGAAAAGGUUGACAUUAGGAUAUCCGACUAAACGGUAGGGCCUGCACACAUGUAGACCUGAUAGUGCUUAUCGAUUGUGAGAGGGAUCGUGAACUGCCGCUCGAGCGGGCUGCCUAGCCUGACUUUACGGCCUAUACACAGGUGUUGCUAGUACAGCAGAUGGAGUGUGCGGACUUGUGCCGACCAAUGUGCGCCGGUGAGUUUAUACCUUAGUAUGAAAAGUAAGACAGCGUCUGACCCUGUGCAGCCUAGGGAAUACUGAACACGACGAAUAUGCCAAUGGGGCAGUCUCACUGUCGUUUGGACUACAAAGUUGAGGUAAGGCACAAAGCCCGCCCACCUCUUCAAACUUCAUCGGCGUGGGCAGGUAAGUAUUCUGCGUGUCUGAAAACAGAUAACCAGCGAUGACUUAGGCGCAUGGGAAAAGUGCACGCAGGAAACAAUGGAUGCGAAGGAGACGCGAUCGCUAGCACAAGAGCUUUAUUAGCCUGACGUUUCGGAUUAUCACUCGAAUCCAUCAUCAAAGACAGAGUCAGAUGAGGGUGGUAAAUUGUCCAGGUGGUGCAGUAUUCAUCGGAUGUAGUUGCUAGACCGCUACAUGCCACGCGCAGUUGGCAGCUCCCGAGUGAAUCACAGCUCAACUGGUCAGGUGUUGAAUUUUGCAGUUGCCGUGCAGUUGCUAUGUGCUUGUGUGCCGGUCAAGAUUAUCGGCUCCCACGCACAUCGCACGAAAUCGAGUUGCUGACUGCCGGAUUUCGUCAUCCGCAUGGAAUCUUGGACAAUUCGACUCGCGGACAUUGACACCAGGGAAAGGGGUCCUCCGCACGCCGUCCUCGCGGCUAACCACUUUGCCUAGACAAAUUCUCAGCGCCGAAUAUGGAACGGGAAGGUCAUUGCGCUUGUUGAUUGACUGAAGACCGGAAAACCAUGAUUCAAGCAGUUCGCGGCUCACGCGGUUGUCCUCUCUAGCAAGAAUUUCUGCUUCGACAAACUUGAAUGUGCGCUUGGGUCUCGUCGAGUGAGCCGCGACUUGGGAGCUGGCGUCUUUCUUUCUCACAGUUGUUUCAUACUCGGCCAUUCGCGUCCGCAGUAGUUUUUCGGUGUCUCCGACAUAGUUGCUUUGUCCGCAGCCGCACUAGAUGCGUCCGAGUGCUGGCACGUUUUUAGGACUGCAUUAGUAUCGCAGUCAGAGUCACGAUCUUGGGCUCGAGAAGCUUCCUCCUGAGGAUAACGGUGGCUGUGGUGAUGACGGUUGGCCUCAACAAAGGGCUGCGUCACAGACGCGCUGGACCAAAACAGUGCUCAGGCGAACACAUGACACGUGCUAAUCGGGCUGCACAGAGUGCGUGCGAGUCCAUAACUUCUGUCGUACACGCGCGUAUGGGACGUCUGACGUUCGACUUCGUGCUACCUCAAUCACUGCACACAAUCUUGUAAUAGCUACUUGGUAGGCUUAGACAGUGUACUGGUGCAUAGGAGAGAGAGAGAGAGAGGAGUAAGGCCGGCUCUAUGAGUCCAUCUUCAAGGCUGAUCAUCAAGCUAUUCACUGUAAUAAAUAAUAAAUCUAUCACGACGCGCUAACAGUCAUGACGUUUGAGGUCGCCAACUUAGGUAAUAACUCAGUUUUUAUCAGGACUGGAUGUCAGGCUUAGUAACUCCUUAUUGUGGUCCUUCUGGCACUCACGCCUGUGAGACCCAAGCCCCCUCACAGAAAGUCCGGUGCACAUUGUGGGGACCAGGUUGUGUGUGGAACGCUUAACAUUUGCGCCCGAGUUUACCUCCGGUCGUCCUGACAUUGCCUAGCCACUGAAACCAGGUAAGUGAGGUAGGAGAGUGCUGUAGAUUCUGUGCAAGUCUGUCUCACUGCGAAAUGCUUCACGCAAAGGUCACCGGUAUUGCGCCAGCCCCGUGCGGCACACGGUGGAUUUCGUCAUUCGCGACGAUCAAAUUGUCGUGUCCAUGGAAGGCAAGCUGAAAAUGAAGGUAUUUGGCCACGGUUGUCCGAGCACUAUCCGUCGAGUGCUGUACACUGGCCUCGUCUUGAAUAUGACAGUCCGUACUCACUGCAACAAUAUUGCAAGAUUAUUUCAGGCGUGGUAUUCACCGAUAAGUUCGACGUUGCCGCCACUCAUCCAACAACGAUGCCUAACUGGGGGCGACGAAGAGGUCAGCUGGAAACUUUUCUCAGCACAAUGCCUCAGAACUCGAAAGUGACGCUUGGACUUUCGUUAUUCGGUUUUCCCCGCUGGAGAUGACGGUGAGUAAAUUCCUUGCUGCAUAUCACUAGAAGCGGAGGUGUACGAUUCGUGAUGCCGUCGAGACCCGUGAGAUUAAGUAUGAUCCGAGUGCAGGCACUAAUGAUGGCUACAUCAUCGCGACUAUAUGACUUUGGAGGUUGGAAUCCAAUGAGAAGAUUUUUUUUACCUUUUAUUCGGACUAAAAGUUGCCCAGUGGGUUCACAAAUGUCGAUUAUUCAAAAUCUUCUCCACCCCCUCAGACAACCAGGUUGCUUUAAACCGGGCGGACAGAGACAGUUUUUGCCCAUGAGGUCAUAUGUCAGCAAUGGAUGAUCACCUACCAAACAAGGCGGACUUCCACAAAGUGAGUGGCACGGUAACUGACACAAACGCAAGGGAGAUUCGCACUGCGUGUAGCAAGGCUUCCCUCGCCAUUCUCGAUUCGCGCUGUAACUCCCACUUAAAGGCCAGUCGUAAUUCAGAGUUAUGCUUGAGGCACUGGUGCAGAUGCCCAGAGUUUUUAAUUUACGCGCAUCAGUUUUUCACCUCAGGAUCGCCAAGUCAGUUUAAAAUAUGUGGAACUUCGCGUCUUCCCAGUACAGCAACUGGGGGUCCCGGUCCGAAUUUCUGGGCUUUGCCACCUACUAAUAAGAGUGAGACGAGACCGUUUGGGGAAGGAGUAUUCCCACACACCUUGCUUCACAGACCGUGUACUGGGCUUUCCACCGCGGACAGCAGCGCUUUCGUGCCAGUCUCAUCUGAUUAGCAACUUGUGUGUUGUCAAUCCUCUCCUAGGGUUCUCAUUUUGCUGAGGAAAUUUUCUGUGGUGGGAGGAUGGAUCAAAUUACUGAACUUAAAAGCCUCCUUUGCAGUCGACUGGGGCUGAAUCAUACGGGAGUAUCUUUUUACCUGGGAUGUUCACCUUUUCUCUGAGCCACUGUAUGCGUUUAUAAAACUCAGUCAGACGACUGCCUUUCCUACUGCCUGUGACUCUUAUGUAUCACUUGUUCGCAUAGUCUAGCUGCAUUCGGAUUUCGACUGUUUUAUAUCAGUCUUAACAGAAUAUGCGGAUAUGAAUUUUAGUCCUUCGUUGUCGUUCUGUUACACCUUGUACCAUGGGCUUGGCAGCCGCUUGAGUAGUAACAUCUCCAGCCCGAAUCAUCGGCCUUUUGCGAUUGUUUCGCCUCCUUCGCUUUAGGCCAAUGAAAAGAUCUCUAAAGCAACAUGGUCUACUUCCUCACCCCCCCGUGCACUUACAUCAGUCUCCAGCAGUCCAACGCAGUCCACUGCUACCAUCGCCAUUGCUAGUGCUUGCUCCAGCGGCAAGAGGCAGGCCUCUCCCGUUAUCUCCGCAUCAACGUCAAAACGUCCGCAAACUCAUAGUGCUGAUGCUCCGCCAUCGUCAUCAGCGGCGGUCGCCGCGUCAUCUGCAUCCACUUCUGUCCGCGGUGCUGCACCUACUGCCGCGGCCGCCAGGGCCGGCGAACCGGCGGCCUCCGCUCAAGCCGAUUUCGCUGUGCUCCAAUACUUACCAGAGGGCAUGCUGGGUGAGUCCUUUUGUCCACCGUACAGCACGCCUUGCCGUGCGCGAUGUCAGUACUUUUUUAUUUGUGAAUAAUGCAACGCAAACGUCUAGAGAGCAUAGGUACUCGUGGCUUUCAUUUUUUUCUUACAUAUUGUACACAGUGUAAUCUGUAAAAUACCCUAAAAGUCUUCCGAUUGGCCGCUAUGCACUGCGGCCGCAGGAGGCAAUUAGUUUUUUGUUAGGCUGUGUACAACCCUAAUGCUUUCUCAUAUGCACCCAGUGUGAUCUGCCAAUGGAUUAAGUGAAUGAUCCUCUCAGGUAGGCUAUCCCUCCCUCAUAGUUGGCUAUAAGGAAGCAUUGUUGACGAAGACAAAGGAGACUGCAGUGGCUACUUGGAACUUCUUUGUCGUUUACGAACUAUACCUCAGACCGGACAGAUGCGGAGCUCGGUUCGGGGUCAGUUGGUUAACUGGCCAAACGCAUAACGAGUCACGAUAUUUUCAUCGGCUGCUUUUCCGUGUCAGCCAAGAUUCGGUUAGGGCUGUCUCCUUUUCCGGUCAAAACGACAAGGCAGAUCCCGUCCUUUUUCAGCCUAAGAAGAGGCGACAGUCCGACCGUCUCAUGCGACCUUGUUCACCGUGUGCUCCACAGUACCUUGACUUACACGGGAGUUAGUUUAUAGGCAGAGUGUUAUUACCGAAAAAGAUAAGGGAGACUGGGAUGGCUAUUUCUGGCUUAUUUGCCGUCUUCAGUCUGUCGUACCCACCGCUGAAGCCUAUAGAACACUUGGGGCUCGGUCCCGCGACCCGUUGGUUACAAUUCCAACGCCUCUAACUACUGAGACACGGACUCGUCCUGUCGGUUUAGUUUAUAGUGAUAGCAAACUUGCACAGCACCUGCCGCACUCUCUCCUCCAUCAUCAACGUGAACCCGAUGGAAAGACAGUCAAGUCGACCGCAGGUGGACUCAGGUGCAUUGGCUGAAAAGCCGGACAACCCGUCUACGCUCGCCACACACGACCCGGUCCCGCGCAGUGGAGCGACCCGGAUCUUACUUUCGCAAGAGUGCAACUGAGGCUACAUUAAGGGGCUGUUAAGCCUGUCUUUCAGCCCUCAUGGCAGCCAACUCAUAAAUGCACACAGUUAACCACAAGGACCGAGCUAUCCCGUCAGUUGGCAGCCUUCCAAAUCACGACUUUUAACUCAUCCUGAUAGUUCCAAAGCGCGUCAGAUUUAUUAUAGUGGGUAAUUCGCUGAAGUUUUGUGCGGACGGUCUCAGAGUUGGCCACAUUCUCUCAUCCCUCUCCCAUGCACUUGUCCACUGUUUGCGCCUGUUAGUCAUCCGGCGCUGGGAUGGGCUAGGAAGAGACACCCGAGGUGUCGGUUUUUACAGACGAUUAAUACGCAAAAACUAUGCGAAAUAAGUAGCAUCUUGACUUCCGUGACAAAUUCGUUACCGACCACCACCACCACCCGCCUUGUACUCUGGUGUUUGGACUGUUUGCACCUCAUAUUUUGGAAUAAGUGAGUACGCCGUAUUCAGUAUGCUAAACGGUCUACCCACCAUAAGCGACAGAUGCUUUGUUAUCCCUCGGCAAGACGGUUCUUUCAAAAUUACCAUGUUAUUCAAUAGGGUAAGGCGUGACAGGCAUUAUCUACACAGGAGUCAAAUAAACGAAAGCAAUGGAUAACUAAAUGUUUGGGCGAACUUGGUUUCGACUGAGGAGUGAUAAACUAGUCCGCAUCUAGCGGUCAAAGGACGAAGAGCUCGAUGACAAAAUCAAUAUCUCGCCUGCAACUUGAGCAGGGGUCCUUCUGUGUUUGAAUGGCUGUAUGGAGCCCCAGGAAGGAGAACACUGUUCUUUUCUGAUAAAGACAUUGAUGGUUUACGUCGUACGGGUUACCGCAACUGUAUCUUCUGCCAACAUUUUAAACCCACCAGGAUAGUUUUUUCAGGAGGCCAAUGCAUCAGUUCAUCAGUACCAGACCUUUCAGCAUUUCAGAACUUCCGAAGCAUCAAGCACCUUCACUGAUCAGCUGGAUUUCCUGACCGCAAUGAAAUAAAUCACGUUUGUCAUUAUCGUAAAUUGGGCAAGUUCGAAAGUGUGGAGUUUAUUUGGUCCCCACUAAAUUACCAUGGUUCAUUGGAGGGCCAAUUUUUCGACAUUGUGUUUGUCCAAGAGACUGACCUGGGAACACGAUGAUUACAACGGUCAGUACACCUCUCAAAAAGCAUUGUUUGGCCUUAAAAAGGAAGUGAGAGAGUAACUGUAAAGACAGGUGAAGCUGGUGGGGCUUACACCAUACGUAGGAAGCGAGGGACUAAGAGGGUAGAACUAUGUUACCGCGACCUUCGUGGCUGCCUUUCGAGUGUUUAUAUGCAACAGCGAGGAAGAUUUUAAGCUUAUUCGGCCUGCCUCAGCUACAAAUCGGAACUUUUAGCUAGCGGGAUACGUCUCAAAGUUCUAUUUCCGUUUCAUUUAAGCUGACAUUCAGCAAGUGGCUGCGUCCUUUGACAUUCAACUUUGCGUUGCGCAUGUUCAAACUUCGGAGGGCAGCGCACGUUCACAUUUAGGCUUGUCACUGAUAUAUAUGCCGAGUUGCAGCUAGCCGUGUCCCUAAGUCGAAGAGACGUAGUAGUAGUAGUAGUAGUAGUAGUAGUAGUAGUAGUAGUAGUAGUAGUAGUAGUAGUAGUAGUAGUAGUAGCAGUAGUAGUAGUAGUAGUAGUAGUAGUAGUAGUAGUAGUAGUAGUAGUAGUAGUAGUAGUAGUAGUAGUAGUAGUAUUGGCGGCGGCGGCGGCGGCGGCGGCGUUGUAAGUUGUUUCAUCUGUCAGCUGUCGAAUUCUAGCUGUGGAGGAUUCACAAUCCCUCCACGUUGAUUUUUUACGCUCCGGGUUUUCGUGGGUGUUGCAGGUUGUGAAACUCCUAUUGUCGAUCCUCCUUGCAGUCUGACUUUUCUCUUGUUUGGGCCGGGCAUCAACGUCGGUACAUAUUGGUAUGCGAAGAAAAUAAACGAUGACGUCGAAACCAGGAGUGCAAGUUGCUGCACAGUUUGUUAUCCAUUAAUUUUUGCGUCCCUUUAGACAUGAAUGAAGACGAGUUGUUAGCCAUGGUUUUGGAACAGUCCCGCAACGAUUACCUGGCAAGUUUGCGAGCUUCGAAAUCGCGGGAGGAGUAUGCCCUGCCCUCUACUGUCCAGUCGUUCUUCCGACAACAGUUGGAACCAUCGGAGGAGUCUGGCCUUCCUUCGUUCUCCAAUGCAUCUGUUCAGCCUUGUUUUUCUUCCUCCUCCGGCAGCGACUCUCAGAAGACGGCUGAACCUGCACCCGAGGGAGAAAAAACUGGUACCUCCACCAGCCAUGCACCCGCCCAAUCCGACAAUUAUGGUGGAGACAUUUCAUCCUAG